UAUACAUGUUUAAAAACGAUAAAAAGGAAGGAAGGGGAAGCGCGUACCGGCUCUCCCACCGUGUCACCCGCCCCCCUUUCACACUCGUCUCACCGCCCCGCCAAUCUCUUCCCCCCCUCAUUCAUUGUGGUCUCCCGCCAAUCUCUUCCCCCUUUCUUUGUCCUUCAUAUUUCCCGCCGAUCCCUCCUAGGGUCUAUCCCUCUCGGCCCUCUCUCACACAGUCUUCGGUGCACGGCAGGCGGUGGCAGGGUGUAGGAUAAGCACAGUUGGGCACUGUAGAGGCGAUCACAAGAAUGGUUCGGUCCAGGGUUAGUCUGAGCAAGAAGCCGAAGGGCGUGGACUUCAAAAAAGUGCGACGUAAGAUUGGACGCAAGUUACCACCUCCAAACAAUGCCACCAAUACCCAGAUAAAAUCCAAAGCUAUAGUCCUUCCCGAGCAAAGCUUAGCAUCAAACAAGGAAGGGCUUCUUCUCAACAGCAAGGGGAAGUCAUUGACUGAGCUUCUGAUGCAAACAAAACAUUUUAAUCGGAAGAAUCGAACGGAUGCAUUGAUGGGUUUAAGGGAUCUUUCUCUCCAUCAUCUUGGGGAAUUAAAGUUGCAUACAGCUGUAAUUGUGGAGACUUUGAGUUUGCUUAUCAGCGAUCCUGAUAAAGGUGUUCGUGAAAUGCUGCAUUCUUUUCUGUUGACAAUUUUUCGUGGACUAAAAGAGGACAUCAAAACGCCCAUUAUUUCCAGAAUGAUGCUACAUAUUUUUAAUGCUAUGACACACUUGCAGCCUGAUAUUAGGUUAAUGGCAUUGAAAUUUUUGGACCUUAUUGUUCAGCACUAUCCAUCAUCGAUAUGUCUGCACAUUGAUAAGGUCCUUGAUAACUAUAUCGGCAUACUCAAUAACCAUCAUAUUUUUCUGGAAUACUCAAGCAAACUCAAGGAUACACUUGAUGUGCUAGUUAGCUGCUUGGCCUCAUUGACAUCACAGAAGCAAAAGGCACAGCCUUCAUAUGAGCAAGAAGCAUCUAAGAAAGGUGUAUUGCAUGCAUAUUUGGACUCAUUCCCGCCGACGAACACUGAUAAGGCAUUUUCAACCAUCUAUAGCAAACUUCAAAAGCUAGUCCUUAUUCUUGUCAGCUAUUGGAAGGAAUGCAUUCAGUUGGUCAACUCAGAGCUUAGAACCAACGGGAAAGAGUUUGAUUGCUUACAUUACAUGCUGCAAACUGUUAAUCUUUCAGUCAAGUUGGUUGUAGGAGAUCAGACAUCUAUAAGGGAUUCAAUCCUAUCUUUAGAUAAGGGAGCGGCUGGAAAAAGUUGUAACCUGCCUGAGCUGUUAGAAGAAGUAUUUGGACCCUGUUUUUCAGCAAUAAAGGAUGGUGAGAAAGAAUUCAUUUUGAAAGCUGGCAUUGCUGAAAUUUUUCUACGCCUCAAUAAGUGGAUGGAUUUCAAUCAGGACUCACUGGCAGGUUUUCUUGGUUUUAUGGAAGAUUCAUUGUGCGGAAAGGUUGGUGGAAGCAUGCAACCUUUCAAACUUGUAGAGAAGUAUUUGAUAUCAUGCAUCUAUUUGAUCCCAGAUCUUGUAACAAAAGUGACACAUGAUAGGGCCUGCCGGCUUUUACAGGCCUUUACUAGUACAUUUAAAGGUUGCAGAUCCAAGUCAGAGUUGAAGCUGGCUUGCUUGUCAUCAAUGAAACAAAUUUUUGGGAGUGGACAAGAUAUGCUUUUCGCCGAUUUAGGCAGGGAAAUCCUUAAAAUUUGGGUUCAAGCACUACCGAGGUUAUUGUUGGAUCUAGGACAAGAACAUCCUGCUUCUUCGGAGGUGGUUCUUCGUUUUUAUCUUCAUAUUUUACAAUGUGAAUGUAUGAAUUAUAGCAUUUAUUUGGCUUGUUUCUCUGGAGAAGACAUAGAGCCUUUUUAUAGUUGUGGUCAAGCAGAAGGUGGAGAAUGUGGAGGGCCGUUUAUGAAACUUCCUAGGGUCUGCCAAGAGAUUGCAGUUUGUUGCUUAUACUAUAUGCCAAAAUUGUCUAGAUCAUUGCUAGAAGCUUUAGCUCAAUGUUGUCAAUGUCAUGAUUUAGAAGCAACUUUAGUGUUAAAGGUCAUCAAUGUUGUGCACUCAUCAUAUCAAGCUGGCCAUGUUAGUAUAGAGGAUCAUAUCAGUUUCUUGAUCUCAGUUAUCUUGUGCUACCAAGUAGGAUCUGCAAAAGAUUUUUCUACUAUGGGAAUCUGCAAGGAGAGGGAUACAUAUUUCAGAAACUACAGGGUCAUUGUGCGUGCAGUAUGCUCUUGCCUUUCUGACAUGGGUGACGGGGAUCUCAUUUUCAGGAUCCUUCAGCCUGUCAUUCUACGUCAGCUGAAGAGCGAUCUACCAAUUGACAAGAAAUGUGCUGUGAUAAGGAUGAUUCUUGUUCUGAAUUCGAGAUUGGAAAAUCUUCCUGAGGACAUUGUGGAUGAGCUGGGACAUUGGCUAUCAGAAUAUCUGAUUAAAGCUGCUGCCAUAGCGCUGGAAAAUGAAUCUGGUGCUGGACAAGCCGAUUGGAGAAGAAAUGACAUGUACUAUAUUAUCCCAUGCAUUUAUCUGCUUCACCAAAGCUGGAAACUUUUUUCUGUGGUGCUAGAAUCAUUUCUUCGAUCACAUGAGUAUUCAUCUUCUACUCUGUCAAGCCAGACUAGCCAGAUCCAAUGCAUUAAUUACAUUCUCUCACACAUGAAUGGUUUCAAGAUAUUCCAGAGACAUUCUUUGUCUUGUGAAGCACUUAUCAUGGGCAUUAUGGAGAAAUUCAGAAAAGCAAGAGAGCCUCUUAGAGAAUCAAGAUGCAUAACCUAGUGAUGAAAAAUUUGUUGUCUACUGCAUUCUGAUGAAGUGGCUCAUCUCUUCAUAAUCCAUGUUUGCACGCUAAGUUGCAGCAGGAUCAAGGAACUUCCAUCUAGGAUCUGUAAAGGACAAUCUAAUCACUGAUGGCAGUUUUUGAUGUGGGAUUAUUUGCACGCUUGAACUGGCCCUUGUGAGCUGUCUGAAAAUACUUUUGGAGGUAAGCAAGUUUUGAGCCUUGAUGGGAACUGAGGUCAUCUUGCUCCGUGUUAAUGCUUUUGACAGGUUUGUCAGCGUACUGAUGGCACACCAACUAGGACAUGUGGCUGACACUAACGUGCUAAUUAUCUGGCACUCCCUCGUUGGACUGCAAGGGUGAACUGUUAUUCUUUUAGGAGCUUUUAUUUUCUUGAAGAACAAGAUGCAAGUCUGCGAAAGCAAAGGACGGAUGUAAAUUACGAAUUUCGGAUCUUGCGUCUUUGCUUCUGUUAUUGGUUUUUUGGCAGUAAUUCUAUCUGGUGCUGAAAAUUUUGUCUUGACAGAACCCUAUUUGUCAUGUCCAUCGGGCUGUGUAUGGAUAUCUCACAACAAUGAGCAAAUAAUUUUUGAAGUCGCAAGUAGAUUCCAAUAACUUCAA